ACUUCACACCAUCCAACACGUCUACCAUGAAGCUAUUGAUAUUCAUUAGUUUGCUGGCAGUCUUCUGUGAUGCUGCUUUGCGACAUGACCGAUUCCCGGAUGACUUCCUGUUCGGCACUGCCACCGCUUCUUACCAAAUAGAAGGGGGAUGGAAUGCUGAUGAUAAGGGGGAGAACAUUUGGGAUCGCAUGACACACACCAGACCCGAAGUCAUCAAAGACAGAAGCAAUGGAGAUGACGCGGCUGACACCUACAACAACUACAAGCGCGACGUGGAGAUGAUGCGAGAGCUCGGCCUUGACGCGUACAGAUUCUCACUUUCCUGGUCCAGAAUCCUGCCCAAUGGCCUUGCCAACAAAGUCAGCGAAGCGGGCGUCGCAUUCUACAACAAUUAUAUCAACGAGAUGUUGGCGUACAACAUUACACCGAUGGUCACUUUGUACCAUUGGGACUUGCCCCAGAAACUGCAAGAUCUCGGAGGAUUUGCCAGUCCAUAUUUCCCUGAAUGGUUCGAGAAUUAUGCAAAGGUUGUUUUCACACAAUUCGGUGACAGAGUAAAGUACUGGAUAACAUUCAACGAGCCCAGGGAAAUCUGUUACCAGGGUUAUGGGUAUGUCGAAAAGGCUCCCAUUCUGAACAUCACUGACGUGGGCACCUACUACUGUGCGAAGAAUCUAGUCCUGGGUCACGCGCGAGCUUAUCACGUUUAUAAUGACCUGUUCAAGCCAACGCAGGGUGGUGAGUGCGGCAUUACGAUUAGUGUCAACUGGAUGGGACCUUUGACUGAUUCGGAAGAAGAUUUGUACGCUGCGGAAAUCAAAAGGCAAGCUGAUUGGGGAAUAUUUGCCGAGCCAAUCUUCUCUGAACAAGGAGGAUUUCCAAAGGAAUUUUCCGAAAUAGUGGCGAAAAAGAGUGCAGAGCAGGGCUACCCUUCGUCUCGACUGCCAGCUUUCACCGAAGAAGAGAGGGAGUACGUCAGAGGGGCAUCGGAUUUCUUCGGAGUAAACCAUUACACUGCCAAUCUAAUUUCUGCCAAUGAAUAUAAAGGAAACUGGCCUGUACCUUCGAUGUAUGCUGAUGUAGACGUUGGUACUUAUGUGCCGCCGGAGUGGGUUCCAGCUGCUUCCUCGUGGUUGAAACUCGCGCCGAACAGCAUCUUUAACGCGUUGACACACCUGCAUAAUAGGUACAACGGUCCCGUGUUCUACAUCACCGAGAACGGCUGGUCACAGUUAUUGGAGGAGGGCUAUGAAGACGAUUCUCGCAUCGCGUACUAUCGCGCGGCCCUGAACAGCGUGUUGGACUGCCUACACGCCGGCGUCGACUUGCGGGGGUACAUGGCAUGGAGCCUCAUGGAUAACUUCGAGUGGAUGCAGGGAUAUACUGAACGGUUCGGGCUGUACGAAGUAGACUUCACAAGUCCUCAGAAGACGCGCACGCCGAGGAAGUCCGCCUUCGUGUACAAGCACAUCAUCAGCACGCGCGCUAUCGACCCGGACUACGAGCCGGACACACGGACCAUGUGGAUCGACGAGGGACACUAAACAAUAUGUGAUGGACUGAUUAUGAAUUCUUUGUAAAUAAAAUAUU